AAGUGAAAUAAUCAAACAUGGCGACCUGCGUAGGAAGAAUUGUUGUGCAAGCAUCUCAGAGAAAUUGUGCCUUUUUAAUGGUUUCUGCUCAAAACAAACUAGCAAAUAGGAGACAGUUAGCUACAAAAAAAUUGUUGACAGUUGGUCGACUUGAAUCCCCAAAGCAGCAAGGAAAGUACGUCACUGGACAGCUAUUUCUCCAUAGAAUAUUUGGUUACCGAGGUAUCUUACUGUUCCCAUGGUUAGCAAGAUUAUAUGACCGAGAUGUAGCAGGGAAUAAGCAAGCAAGCCCACCCUUAACUGCAGAAACUGGAGAGCACGUACACACAGACAACAAAGAAGUCAAAGGAAAGACACACAUUUACUACCAGGUCCUGAUUGAUAGCAGAGAUUGUCCAUUCAUUCGUGCACAGACGGAGGCUGUUACGUUCCUUGGUAAUCAAGACAACAAUAGGUCUCUGUAUGCGAUCCCAGGUUUAGACUAUGUCGCUCAUGAAGACAUCCUUCCAUAUUCAACAACAGAGAAGAAUCCAAUCCAACAUGAACUCUUUGAUAAGUUCUUAGAACAGAAUUCAGGCCUAGAUCCUAACUUUGUAGCUAAGGACACAUUGAAGGCGUGGCAAGAGAAGAAUCAUCCAUGGUUAGAGUUAUCAGAUGUUCAUAGAGAAACAACAGAGAAUGUUAGAGUUACUGUUAUCCCAUUCUAUAUGGGUGCAAGGGUUUCACAAGACUCAAGUGUGUACUGGUGGAGAUACUGCAUCAGGCUGGAGAAUCUUGGGGAAGAGACAGUCCAACUGAGGGAACGACACUGGAGAAUAUUCAGUCUAUCUGGAACUCUAGAGACAGUUAGAGGAAGAGGUGUUAUUGGACAGGAGCCCAUCUUAUCGAAGGAACAACCGGCUUUUCAGUACAGCAGUCAUGUUUCACUGCAAGCCCCAAGUGGCCAUAUGUGGGGAACAUUCAGAAUAGAGAAGAGCAAUGGUCAAACAUUUGACUGUAGGAUUCCACCUUUCACAUUGGAGAGUAAGCAAGAUGACCAGCCGAACCCUCAUGGAUUCUUUGGAUAAGAGCCUCAAACAUUGUCACAUCCUCCUUCCUCAUAACCUCCUUCCCAACAAACUGCUCAAGAUUCACCGAUUACCGAUUGAUGUUUGGAUAAAGAUAUGAUGCUAGAUCUGGGGCCCAAUUUCUUAAAGCUGUUAAGCAAAUACUGCUUAGCAAACUUUUAUGCUGAGCCAAGCAUGAGUGGGGUCCAGUCGAAACAAUGUAACCAGCUAAUCAGUUUCGGUUAGUCAAGAUUUUUCUGCGCUUAGCAAUGUUUUAUG